GGCGGGGCUGCGGUGGCCUGCUCUGUGGGGGCGGCCCCGGAGGCCCCGUGCUUUGGAAGGGGUGGUGGUAGAGACGCCCCUCUCUGAUAGUGCAAGUCGGGGGAGUGGACGCCUUCACAGGGUUGCAAAUACUCCCUGUCACCCACCCUAGAUGGCAUCCAGGAUCCUGGUCCCAGGCAGGGAGGUCAACAUCCAUACUUUGACACAGGUGGAAGGAGAUGUCUUGAAACCCCAGGGUAGGGAGACCCAUUCACACCUCUGCCAGCCCGAUCCCCUAGGUCAUUCCUGUGCCUGAUGCUGGAGGUAGAGGCUAGAGAGCUGAGUGUAGGAUGAUCCAGGGACAGGGGAAGGUGGGGUGACUUAGGCUGGGGUGAAGAGUGGGGUGUUGGAGCUGUUGGGUAUGACUGGCUGAGACACCCAGCGCUGGGCCCUGGGGGGCUGGAGACCGGUGUGGGAUUGUGGUCCUGGCAUGUUUCUGCAGUGGUGUGUCUGUGAGGCCCUGGGCUGGUGUGUCAGCAUGUUUUCCUCUGAGGCCUAGGUCUUUUGUGACCAUGUUGUUGGGAGGGGUCUCUAGUCUCUCAUGGCAUCAGUGGAAUCACCUGUGAUUGAUCCGGUGUCCUUGUUGCUCUGAAAUCGAUGUUCGGACCUGCAUCUUGUUUUCUGGGCCCCCGGGUUCUUGGUGGCCUGCUGGAGAAUGGCAGAUUGGAGGUGCAGCCCCCUCCCUGCAGGGAGUGCACCUGCUCUUCUUUGUGACCUCUCUCGCAGUGGAGCCUGUCCACACUGGCUCAGGUGAGGGCUUGGGCUGCUGCCCGAACAUUUGUGACCAGAGGCUCCAGAUGUUGUGACCCACGUUCAGAUCCCUGAGUUACGGUUUUAAAGGCAUGCCUUGUGUCUGCUCAUGCAGCUUAAUCUUUGUGGGACAGGUACAGGUACGCAGGAAAGGGGCAUGUGGUUCCCUCACAUUCCUGGCCAGCGCUCGGAGGAGCUGCAAUAAGCCUUCAGGGCUUAGAGUGUUCCCUGCAACCCAGAGAUGCAGCCAGGCCUGGCGUAAGCUGAGAAAUCAUUUUCUCAGAUACUUCAUGAGUCAGAUUCUUGCUGGUAACUCUGGAAGCUGCUGUGUAGCCGUUGUGUGGGUGGGGCACUUCCUGUGAGUGAGCAUGCCUGCGGGGACAGCCCCGCCAUGAGGUGACCCCUGGGUGCCUCCACUGCGAUUGUUGGAGGGCAGUGCCUCAGCUCCAACUGCACUUGAGACUCACCAGGAGCAUUUUCUAACCAGGGAUACCUGGGUUUCCUCCCUCCCCCAACUAGCAUUUCUUACCUAAUUGGCCCGAUAUCUUACAGACUUCAGGUAAUUCUAGUGGGCAGCCAGUCUCAAGACAUCUGUACAGCCUUGGUGGUUAUUUUUUGUCAUUCCAGGGAGGGCGGUGUUGAGACUUGGGGAUCCAGUAUUUAAAGACCAUAACCCUCUGGGAUAGUUGACCUCUAACAGAUGCCCCUCUCUGAUAGUGCAAGUGGGGGGAGUGGACGCCUUCACAGGGUUACAAAUACUCCCUGUCACCCACCCUAGAUGGCAUCCAGGAUCCUGGUCCCAGGCAGGGAGGUCAACAUCCAUACUUUGACACAGGUGGAAGGAGAUGUCUUGAAACCCCAGGAGUGAAGAGGACAGUGCUUUAGGUGGCAGUGGCUGUGCACUCCACGGCGGCCCCUUGUGCGCGACUUGUGCGGAGGCUGUGCUGAAUCACGUCUUGCAGAUGCCAGAGGGGGCUGCACGCUUCUGUGUUGGACACGAGGAAACUGCAGCUGUGGACAUGGCUGAGUCAUACGUGAAGAAGUUGUGCACCACCCUGAUGGACGCGGUUACCGACAGGGACCCGCAGGUGCAGGAGCAGAUCUGCAGCGCCCUGUGUGCCCUCGGUGAGGCCCAGCCAGGGGAGACGCUCCGCGCCUGUGAGAGGUACCUGCAGCGGCAUGAGAAGCUGGCUCAUCCGUACCGUGCAAUGAUCCUGAAGGCUGUGGAGGCGGUUGUGCGUAGUCACAUCAGUAACCUUGACAAGGACAUGGCCAGGGCCAUCAUCCUGCUGGCUUCCAGCGAGAUGACCAAGGCUAAGGACCUGGUACCUGACUGGCAGCAGGCUGCAAGCAGUGUCCUUGUGGCUGUGGGCAUGCGGUUCAUCAAUGCCGUGAUGGAGGAGCUGCUAAGUCGGUUCCAACCGGGGCUGCUGCCCCACCACUUUGUCGUGCAGACGCUUGCCAGCCUCGCAGCGUCCAACGUGUUCGGCAUGGUGCCCUUCCUGACCUCCAUCCUGAGCACCAUGCUGCCCAUGCUGCCUAUGGCCAAGCAGGACGUGACGCGGGUGGUGUUCUGCUCUGCACUGCGGCACUUCAGUGAGAGCACCCUAGAGUACCUGGCCAACCUCGACCAGGCCCCAGACCCCACGGUCAGGAAGGACACCUUCUCCUCUGAGAUCUUCAGUGCCUAUGACGUGCUUUUCAAUCACUGGCUGCAGAGUCGUGAAGCCAAGCUUAGGCUGGCUGUUGUGGAAGCCCUGGGGCCCAUGAGCCACCUGCUGCCCAACGAGAGGCUGGAAGAGCAGCUCCCCAGGCUCAUCCCGGGGGUUCUUGCCCUCUACAAGAAGCAUGCUGAGACCUUCCACGUGUCCAAGAGUCUAGGUCAGAUCUUGGAGGCGGCCGUGAACGUGGGCAGCCGCACGCUGGAGAUCCAGCUGGAUGCACUGCUGGCUGCCCUGCAUGCCCAGAUCUGCGUGCCGGUAGAGUUGUCCAGCCCCUUGGUGGUCAGCAACCAAAAGGAGGUGCUGCGCUGCUUCACUGUGCUUGCCUGCUUCGCCCCUGACCGCCUGCUGGCCUUCCUGCUGCCCAAGCUGGACACCAACAACGAGCGAGUCCGUGUGGGCUCCCUGCAGGUCCUAAGGCAUAUCAUCAACUCGGCUGCUGCUCAGAUGGAAGUCCGGAAGCUUUUCAUCCUUUCCUCCAUGCGGCACCCCCUUCUGGACACCAAUAACAAGCAGGUGAAGCGGGCUGUGGUACAGGUGAUCAGUGCCAUGGCCCACCACGGCUACCUGGAGCAGCCCGGAGGCCAGGCGAUGAUGGAGUAUAUUGUGCAGCAGUGUGCACUGCCCCCUGAGCUGCAGCCCAAGAGGCAGGGCCUGGGCAGUGAGGACCUGCCUGCGGACAGCGUACGCGCGAUCAGCAUCAGCACCCUCUACCUCAUCAGCACCACUGUGGACAGGAUGAGCGACGUGCUCUGGCCGUACCUGCUCGAGUUCCUCACACCCGUGCAGUUCACCGGAGCGCUGACCCCACUCUGCCGGAGCCUGGCACAUCUGGCCCUGAAGAGGCAGGAGGCUGGGGCCGACGCCUUCCUCAGCCAGUACGAGGCCAGCGCGAACCUCCCGUCACCCUAUGCCAUAACUGCCAGACUGCUGGUCGUGUCCUCUGACCCCUAUGUGGGGGAUGGCCGUGGUGCGGCCUCACUGCGGCUGCUGCACGUCCUUCAUCAACGCAUCCACCCUCUGCUGGGCCCGAGGUGGGAGACGACUAUCCCCCGGCUGGUGCAGCACCUGGACGAAUGCACCGAGGAAACCCUGUCGCGGAAGGAAUGGGAGGAAAAGCUUUUGAUGUUCCUGAGGGACACUCUGGCCGUCGUGUCUGACAACACAUGGGUCUCCCAGCUGAGCCUGGAGAUGUGCAAGCAGCUGCCCUGCUACAACGGGAUGCCCCAGGAGAAGAACUUCCUGUAUAAAUGCAUAGGGACCACCUUGGGUGCUGCAUCCAGUAAGGAGGUGGUGAGGAAACACCUUCAAGAGCUGCUGGAGACGGCCAGAUACCAGGAGGAGGCGGAGCACGAGGGCCUGGCCUGCUGCUUCGGCAUCUGUGCUAUUUCACACCUGGACGAUGCCCUGGCCCAGCUGGAGGACUUUGUAAGGUCUGACGUGUUCAGGAAGUCCGUCGGCAUCUUGAGCAUUUUCAAGGAUCGGAGCGAGAGCGAGGUGGAGAAGGUGAAGGGCACCCUGAUCCUGUGCUACGGGCAUGUGGCUGCGCAGGCGCCCCGCGAGCUGGUGCUGGCCCGGGUGGAGGCAGAUAUCCUGCGGAACAUGUUCCAGUACUUCAGCACCAAGGUGGGCCGGGCCCCGCCCUGGGGGCACUCACAUGGGCCUCGUCUUGUGACUCUCUUGCUUUCUGUUGUUCAGGUUCUGGGGAUAAAAGUAGAAACCAAGGACCCGGCCUUGAAGCUGUGCCUCGUCCAGAGUGUCUGCAUGGUCAGCCAGGCCAUCUGUGGCAGUGCGCAGGCUGGCGCCUUCCAUUUCUCAUGGAAAGCAGAGCUGGUGGCACACAUGAUGGAGUUCAUCCGGGCAGAGCCCCUGGACUCCCUGAGGACACCGCUGCGGAAGAUGGCCAUGGUGGCGUGCACACUGCUGGUCUCCCUGGAGCCACCGCUAGAAGAGCAGAUGCGGGCAGAGGUGACCCAUGGCUGCCUGCACAGCGUCAUGGCCUUGUUGCCGGAGCCCGAAGGCGAGGAUGCCAGCGACCGCAAGGCCCUGUACUUGGACACGGUCCACGCCCUGGAGGACCUGCUGACGAGUCUCCUGCAUCGGAACAUGACCCCUCAGGGCCUGCAGAUCAUGGUGGAGCACCUGAACCCAUGGAUCAAGUCGCCCCGCAGCCACGAGCGGGAGCGUGCGCUAGGGGUCAGCGCCUGCCUGCUGCGCUACUUUCUGGAGCACCUACACGUCAGUGCACUGGUGCCCUUCCACAACCUGGGCCUCCUUGUCGGCCUCUUCUCCCCGCGAUGUGCUGACCUAUGGCCAGCUACCCGCCAAGAGGCCGUGGGCUGCAUCUACUCGCUGCUCUACCUCCAGCUGGGCUAUGAAGGCUUUGCCCGGGACUACCGAGACGACGUGGCCGAGCAGCUCCUGGCCCUCAGAGACAGCCUUGUGCACCCCGACCUCUCUGUGCUCUUCCACACCUGCCACAGCAUUGCCCAGAUCAUUGGGAAACGCCUCCCACCGGAUCAGCUCAUCAGCCUCCUGCUCACUAUAUUUGAAGCUCUGGGGGAUCCCGACAAGAACUGCUCCCAUGCGGCCACCGUCAUGAUCAACUGUCUGCUGAAGGAGCGUGGCGGGGUUCUACUGGAGAAGGUGCCCGAGAUCAUAAGCAUGCUGCGCUCCAAGCUUCAGGGGACCCAGGAGGAGCACGUCUUGAAGGCUGCCCAGCACAGCGUGUAUCUGCUGGCCUCCCAACACCGCGCUGCUGUUGUGUCCAGCCUGCUGGGCAGCCCUCUGCCCUUUGACAGCCACACCUGCACUCUUUGGCGGGCUCUGGCCGUGGACCCCAGCCUCACCACCCAGGUGCUGAGGCUGCUGUUGGAGAAGAUGAACAGGGACGUCCCAUUCAAGGAGAGCCGGGCCUUCCUGCUGAGCAGCACUCCUGACCGCGUGGCCACCCUGCUGCCCCUCGCGGCCACGUGUGCGCUGUACGAGGUCCUGUCCGCUCCGGCCUCUGGGGCCGCGGUGCUAGAGCUUUACCCCGAGCUAUUUGUGGCACUUCUGCUGCGUAUCAGCUGCACCGUGGGUGUCCAGCUGCCCCGGAACCUACAGGCCAAGGAGAGAAGGAGCUCCGGUGGCCCCCCGGCCAUCAGGAACCUGGAGCCCUGCAGCUCCGCGGUGGAUACGCUGCAGGCCAUGCUGCUGAGGGGAGGCAGCGAGGAGGUGGUGUGGCACCUGGAGCUGGAGGGUGGCUGGGAGCUGCUGAGGACCUCUGAGGGGCAUGAGGAGGGCGUCACUCAGCUGGCCAGGGCCAUGGCAAAACAUGCGGGCCCCCGGCUGCCGCUGGUGAUGAAGGCCCUCAUCUCCACACAGAGCAGCGCAUACGAGAUCCAGCGGGUCACCUCCACGGCCUUCUUAGCAGAGCUGCUCAGCAGCAACGUGGUGAAUGACCUGAUGCUUCUGGAGUCACUGCUGGUCAACCUGGCGGCCCGGCAGAAGGACACGUGUGCCAGCGUGCGGAGGCUGGUGCUCCGUGGGCUGGCCAACCUGGCCUCCAGCUCCCCUGACAAGGUUCGGGCCCAUGGCCCCCAGCUCGUAACAGCCCUGAUUGGUGGGUUGGAUGAUGCGGACGACCUGCACAGUCUGGUGGCCCUGGAGGCCAUGGCGGGCCUGGCAAGGCUGCUGGACCUGGUGGAACCGUGGGACCUGCGCUCGGUGCUGCUGCACGUGGCCAUCCGCAUCCGGCCCUUCUUUGACAGUGAGAAGGUGGAGUUCCGGCGGGCAUCCAUCUGCCUCUUUGGACACCUCAGCAAGGCCUGCCACGGGGACUGUGAGGAUGUGGUCCUGGAGCAGACCCUCAGCGCGCUGGCACCCCUGCUGCUGCACCUGUGUGACCCCCAGGCCGCUGUGGUCACCGCCUGCAGGUUUGCUUUGCGCAUGUGUGGCCCCAACCUGGCCUGUGAGGAGCUAACAGCCGCCUUCCAGAAACACCUGCAGGAUGGCCGCGGCCUGCACUUUGGUGAAUUCCUCAACACCACCUGCAAACACCUGAUGCUCCACUUUCCUGACCUGCUGGGUCGCCUGGUAAGCACCAGCCUGUUCUACUUCAAGAGUAGCUGGGAGGACGUGCGGGCCGCCGCCCCCAUGUUCACGGGCUUCCUGGUGCUGCAUGCGGACCGCGAGCUCCGGCAUCAGGUGGACCUGGAGCAACUCUUAGCUGCACUCCAGCUCCUGCUGAAGGACCCUGUGCCCAUGGUGCGCAUGAAGGCGGCAGAGACACUGGGCCGCCUGGUGAAGUUUGCCUGAGUCCCAGCCAGCCCAUCCUCACAGCCAUCCCCCAGCAGGACCCUGACCUGGGCUGGUUCAGAUCCUGAGCCGGUUUGGGGCCUUGCAGCCCCUGCCUGGGGUGGGGAAGACACGAGAGGCUGAAUGAGGUGGAGGAUGGCAGUUCCUGUGUGCCCUCUCAUUUCUCAAUAAAGCCGUGUGCCCCCCAGCAGUGCUGUGGG